CAAAAGAAGACGAAAUUAGGCAAACGACCGGCUCCAUCAGCACGCGACUGUCAGGAGAAAUUCUAACCUUCAGGUGUCUCGCGCGAUUUUUGUCGCAGCUCGCGUUCGGGAAAUGACUUCCGCCGAGGACGUGCACGGAGAGUGCGGUUCAGCCGCGCCGUCUCCCGCGACCGCCACGAAGGCGUCGCCAUACGGCGAAGGUGUCACUCGGAUCUGCAGCGCCCUCGCCGUCAACAUGUGCAAGCAGCUGCUCCGCAUAAAGGCACCCAGCAAACCCGGCGAUUCCCCGGAGAACAUAACCUUCUCGCCUCUGGCUGUGGCCUCGGCGCUGUCCAUGGUGCACGCGGGUACGAGCGGUCGCACGUCGAGGCAGCUGGCCGCCGCCCUCCACUGCGCCGACAUCAGGACCGUGCACGAACAGUUCAGGCACGUCUUCAACGAGCUGGGCCGCUUGAGCGGCGAGAUCACGCUCAGCCUGGCCAACCGACUGUACGCCGACGACCGGUUCCGGCCGCUGGGCGGAUACCAGGCCACCCUGGACUGGUGCUACAAGAGCGCCGUCGAGACCGAGCGUUUCCACGCCGACCCGGAAGUCUGUCGCUCGAGCAUCAACGCCUGCGUCGAACGUACCACGUGCUUCCGCGUCAAGGAGCUACUUCCGGAAGGAAGCCUCGACUGCGACACCGUGCUGGCGCUUGUGAGCGCCCUCUACUUCAAAGGGCGCUGGUUCACCCCGUUCGAGCCGGGUCGCACGGUGCCGGGCGACUUCCACGAGACUCGCACCCGGGUCGUCCGCACGCGAAUGAUGUCGGGCGACGCGCCCGCCCGGCUCAACCACUACUGCGACGGCCUGCCCGGGCGCGCCCUCGACGUCGCCUACGAGGACGACGGCCGCUUCUCGAUGACCCUGCUGGUGCCGGACCAGCUGGACGGACUUGCGUCGCUUGUGGAGUCCCUGACGCCCGAGCGCCUGGACAAGAUCCUGCGGGGGCUCGACCCGCAGCAGGAUGUCCAGCUGGAGCUCCCGCGCUUCAUGGUGGAAGACACGACGGACCUUAGAGUCGUCCUGCAGGCAAUGGGAGUCAAGGACCUAUUUGACCCUCUCCUGGCCGAAUUCACGGGCUUCGUAACGAACGACGACGCCUCCAAGAAGGACGGCGGCGCACAGGCGCAAGGAAUCACCCUGUCGGUCGCCAUACACAAGGCGUUCAUCGACGUCAACGAAGCGGGCACCGAGACGACCCCACCCAAGGACGUUGCCAAAAUGCCCGGAGGCUUCCUCGUGGACCCGUCUCGGUUCCGGGUGGACCGUCCCUUCUACUUCCUCAUACGAUGCCACAGCCCGGAAGUGAUUUUGUUCGCCGGCUCCAUACGCCGCGUUCAGCCGCUUUAGCGAAAAUGUAUUUUUUCUUUCAUCGACAUUGCUGGUCGGCGUUUUGCCAGUGGCGUCGCAAAUGCGACGCCUGGCGAGCUAAACCAUCGUGUUCAAUAUGAAGUGUAACUGCUUGUUCGAUAACCUAAGCGGGACAAUAAAAAUUUACUUUCCUGGUA